CCAAAUUCCUAGUUGUUAUGAACGCGGCAUUAGUCUUGUCUAGGGGCUGGGUUUCUGUAUUUUAUCUAAAGAACAAAUCCGUUGAACGCAAAUAUGGAGAGAUAAAGACAUUGAAAAGAAACGGAAGAAGUAUGCCUAUAUUACCAUAAGAUUUUUAAAAUGGCAAUACGGGAACUAAAAGUGUGUCUUCUUGGGGAUACUGGAGUGGGCAAGUCUAGUAUUGUAUGUCGUUUUGUACAAGACCAUUUCGACCACAACAUUAGUCCAACUAUAGGGGCAUCGUUUUUAACCAAGACGGUCCCGUGUGGACACGAACUACACAAGUUCCUCAUCUGGGACACAGCGGGACAGGAAAGGUUCCACUCGCUGGCCCCCAUGUACUACCGAGGCUCUGCCGCAGCUGUCAUUGUCUAUGACAUCACCAAACUGGACUCUUUCCAGACACUGAAGAAAUGGGUGAAGGAGCUGAAAGAACAUGGUCCGGAGGACAUCGUUGUGGCCAUUGCAGGGAACAAAAACGACUUGGGGGACAUCCGGGAAGUUCCUAUGAAAGAAGCUAAGGACUUUGCUGAGUCCAUCGCAGCUAUUUUCAUGGAGACCAGCGCCAGAAACGCUGUCAAUGUGGAGGAGCUCUUUCAGAAGAUCAGUAAACAGAUUCCGCCCCUGGAGAAUCAAGACUUAGACAGUAACGAGUCCUUCAAGAUAAUCCGGCAGCCUCCUCCCUCUAACAAACGCUGCUGCUAGUAAGACCCCUUCUGAGUCCCAAAUAGACCCCUACCACCCUACCCCCUACCACCCUACGCCCUAGGUAUUUCAUUUUGAUCUCAAGGGGACUGGUGUAGUACGAUCGAAUAUGUUGGAAACUCUACCUGUCUUAUCUCAAGGAAAGGAAAGGCGGUAUUACCACAUUGUUUACACCUAUCCUACAUUUUCAGAUCAGUCUGAAGUUGCUAGGUCCUAGGGGUAAGGGGCAAUGGGGUCGGUUUGGAAUUCAGCAUCCGAUUGCCAGUGAGAUUAUCACGGCCUUUGUUUCCAUUCCAUACACAGUUCCAUGGAUCAAGUCUACACAUCCAUCCAUCUUGACACACGGGUCACAAUAUAGCGUUGGUGUACGCAACAGCCUGCAUAGUUCAGCUCCUGAUUGCCCCUUUCGACAGUCCACAAUGCAUAUACAGUACAUGGGUCUCACGGAGAGAGGAGGACAACAUGGCUUUGGCUGUGUGAUCGAUCAGAACCUCUCUCCCCUAUAGGGAACAGAGUGUCCCAAGUCCAGAAACCGCCCCUAUAACCCAUAUAAAGCUAGUUGGACAUUUCGACCAUAUUGUACCUAUUCUAUCUACCAGAUAUAUCCAGGAUGCAUCACAACCGGGCCGCGAUUGGGAGUCCCAUAGGGCGGGGCACAAUUGGCCUCAGCGUCGUCCGGGUGUGGCCCGGUGUUAGGCCCGUCAUUGUAAAUAAGAAUUUUGUUCUUAACUGACUUGCCUAGGUAAAUAAAGGUUACAUUUCAAAUAUACUCCUGUGCCUUGGUACGGUGUGCUGUAGGUGUCAUUUCUGGAUAUAGAGAGGAACCAGUGUUUUUUUUAAAGAUGUUAAACAUGUUAAUAAAAUGAAGGAAUACUAUGGUACAUAGUAGGCUAUGUUUUCAUUUCCUAGGCAGCAGCACAGAACAAACAAACAAUUUCAUCCUUUUAGAAAUAGACAGAGAAAAAAAACCAAAAAAAACCAUCAACAUUUUAAAUUGAGAAUAUAUAUUUUUUUCUCCACUUAACCUUUAUUUAACUAGGCAAUUCUUAUUUACAAUGACGGACUUAGGAACAGUGGGUUAAACUGCCUUGUUCAGAGGCAGAACGACAGAUUUGUACCUUGUCAGCUCGGGGAUUUGAACUUGCAACCUUUCGGUUCCAAGUCCAACGCUCUAACCACUAGGCUACCCUGCCGCCCCUCCAAUGACGGCCUAAUGCCGGCCUAAUGCCGGAAAUUCAAAAACAUGUUAAGUAAAAUACCUUGUGACUUGAGAAUACUUUCUGAAGACGAUUAUGAUAUACGAUAUAGAGCUUAUGAAUUCUCAUUCCCGAACAAUGCAGUCAACAUAUGUGUUGAUCCCAUUGAUUGUAUUGUUUCCACCGUUGUUCCAGUAUUACAAUGAUAGGAGUUAAUAUCCAUUUAUUGCAUGAAUUUGGUCUCGCCCACCGUCGUUGUCUUUUUUCCCCCCAUUGAACUCUUGUAAAUUCAGGAGAAAAAAAAAGAAACGGCCCUUUUUCAGGACCCUGUCUUUCAAAGAUAAUUCGUAAAAAUCCAAAUAACUUCACAGAUCUUCAUUGUAAAGGGUUUAAACACUGUUUCCCCAUGCUUGUUCAAUGAACCAUAAACAAUUAAUGAACAUGCACCUGUGGAACGGUCGUUAAGACAUAAACAGAGUACAGACGGUAGGCAAUUAAGGUCACAGUUAUGAAAACUUAGGACACUAAAGAGGCCUUUCUACUGACUCUGAAAAACAUCAAAAGAAAGAUGCCCAGGGUCCCUGCUCAUCUGGGUGAAUGUGCCUUAGGCAUGCUGCAAGGAGGCAUGAUGACUGCAGAUGUGGCCAGGGCAAUAAUUUACAAUGUCCGUACUGUGAGACGUCUAAGACAGCCCUGUAGGGAGACAGGACGGACAGCUGAUCAUCCUCGCAGUGGCAGACCACGUGUAAAAACACCUGCACAGGAUCGGUACAUCCGAACAUCACACCUGCGGGACAGGUACAGGAUGGCAACAACAACUGCCCGAGUUACACCAGGAACGCACAAUCCCUCUAUCAGUGCUCAGAUUGUCUGCAAUAGGCUGAGAGGGGCUGGACUGAUGGCUUGUAGGCCUGUUGUAAGGCAGGUCCUCACCAGACAUCACCGGCAACAACGUCGCCUAUGGGCAUAAACCCACUGUCGCUGGACCAGACAGGACUGGCAAAAAGUGCUCUUCACUGACGAUUGGCGGUUUUGUCUCACCAGGGGGGAUGGUCGGUUUAUCGUCGAAGGAAUGAGCGUUACACCGAGGCCUGUACUCUGGAGCGGGAUCGAUUUGGAGGUGGAGGGUCCGUCAUGGUCUGUGGUGGUGUGUCACAGCAUCAUCAGACUGAGCUUGUUGUCAUUGCAGGCAAUGUCAACGCUGUGCGUUACAGGGAAGACAUCCUCCUCCCUCAUGUGGUACCCUUCCUGCAGGCUCAUCCUGAUGCCACCAGCCAUACUGCUCGUUCUGUGAGUGAUUUCCUGCAAGACAGGAAUGUCAGUGUUCUGCCAAGGCCAGCGAAGAGCCCGGAUCUCAAUGGAUCUGAGGGUGAGGGCUAGGGCCAUUCCCCCCAGAAAUGUCCAGGAACUUGCAGGUGCCUUGGUGGAAGAGUGGGGUAACAUCUCACAGCAAGAACUGGCAAAUCUGGUGCAGUCCAUGAGGAGGAGAUGCACUGCAGUACUUAAUGCAGCUGGUGGCCACACCAGAUACUGACUGUUACUUUUGAUUUUGACCCUCCCUUUGUUCAGGGACACGUUAUUCCAUUUCUUUUAGUCACAUGUCUGUGGAACAUGUUCAGUUUAUGUCUCAGUUGUUGAAUCUUGUUAUGUUCAUACACAUAUUUACACAUGUUUAAGUUUACUGAAAAAUAAACGCAGGUGACAGUGAGAGGACGUUUUGGGAGUGGCCUACUGAGUAAAAUAUUUGUGUGAGAGGACGUUUCUUUCUUUUAUUUUUUUUGCUGAGUUUAUAUGUAUAUGCCAGCACACAUGUAGAAUAUCUAUUUCUGAGAACUGUAUAAGAUGUUCAUAAUGAAGGACUAGGACUAACAUGAGCACAUAAAUGCAUCGUAGGGUGGCAGGUAUCCUAGCGGUUAAGAACUUUUGAGCCAGUAACCGAAAGGUCGCUGGUUCAAAUCCACGAGCCUAUUAGGUGUAAAAAUCUGUCUGUGUGCCCUUGCACAAGGCACUUAACCCUGAUAAGUCCUGUAAGUUGCUCUGGAUAAGAGAGUCUGUUGAAUGACCAAAAAUGUCACAUAAUUUGUAAUGGUCAUGUUAAUUGACUGACAUUAUCUCAUAGAACAAAAUGUAGAAGAGCUCCUCAGCCUGUGUUAACCUCUGACCUUAUUUUCAGCAUUUAUUCCAGAACCCCAUUCUUUUCCCCAUAUAGAAAUGUAGAAAUGCCCAACAAACCAGAGGUAGAAAAUGCCAUCACAUUUCUUCUUUUAUGACUACAAGCUGGCACACUCUAUAGGCCAGAUGCAGAGAUAGAUGCAAAAAUCUAUUUUAAAAUGCAUUUUAGUAACCUUUACUUAACUAAGCAAUUCAGUUUAAGAACAAAUUCUUAUUUAUAAUGACAGCCUAGGAACAGCAGGUUAACUGCCUUGUUCAGCGACAGAACGACAGAUUUGUACCUUGUCAGCUCGGUGGUUUGAACUUGCAACCUUCCGGUUACUAGUCCAACGCUCUAACCACUAGGCUACCCUGCCACCCCAUUGACUGCGUCUGUGUAGAAAAACAGGAGACCCAUAGGCAUUUGGAUUUGACCGCUUGUAUGUCAUUUUAUUUGUAGUUUUAGCACUUUGUAAUGGAAAAAUGUUGAUUCACUAUUAGGUUUUUGAUGACUACAUUCCUUUACGAUUGCCCAUCGAAUUGCCACAGUGGAUUGAAAUGUACACCGGACUGAAUGGAGUUUACAGCAACACUGCAGUGCCAUAUUAUAAAACAAAUAUUUUGUACUUUGUAGGUAGCUAUAAUAUUGUUUUGUUACUAUCAGGAUUUUAUACAAUAUUUUGAAUUAGUCAGUGUACAGAUAUGAACCAUGAGAUGUUAACACACAAUACUGUUCUGGACUCUUCUGUACAAGCUUGUCCAAUGUCCACGUGUGGCAACUGUCAAUAAUCUGAUCAAACUAGAUUUGCACAUUUCUUGCCCUGAAUGCCUGCCUACACAGUCCAUUGUGCAAUGUAAACAAAAGUGGGUUUUUUUGUGUUAGUUUUUCCCUCUGUAGACAUAAAUCGAAUAUGAAAUGGAUUUAUUAUUUUUGUGUGCUUGACUGAAGUUAUACCCUUCUCCAUAUCCUUUGCAGGAUUUGUUAUAUUCAUCUGUAUAAUAAAUAAAAUGGUCAUUUCUA